AGAAUUAAAAAAAAAAAAACAUUCUAACAAUUUUUUCUUAGAAAGUAUGAGUUACCAACUUUAUCGCAAUACAACAUUGGGAAACAGUCUGCAGGAAAGUUUAGAUGAGUUGAUUCAGUCACAGCAAAUUACUCCACAAUUAGCUUUACAAGUUCUUUUACAGUUUGAUAAAGCGAUAAACAAUGCACUUGCAACAAAGGUUAAAAACAGGAUUAAUUUUAAAGGUCGUCUAAAUACAUACCGAUUUUGUGACAAUGUUUGGACUUUUGUUUUGAAUAAUGUGACUUUUCGAGAAGUUGGUGAUGCAGUCAAAGUUGAUAAAGUAAAAAUAGUUGCAUGUGAUGGCAAAGAAUCAAGAGCAAGUGAAGAAUAAAUUAAAAACAAUAGUAAAAUUCAAAAUAAUUAAAAGUGAUCAAAUCAGAUGCAGUCUAAUUAUUGUUAUAAAAAAUUUUUUAGUUAAAUUAUUUAUGGAGAAGGCAUAUUUAAAUGUUAUUUUUUGAUUUAUUUUUCUUGGAAAAAAAUUAUUUUAUUAACCUGGAGUUAAAACUUGUUGUAUUUAAUUACCACAAAUGGUUGUUAUGGUCACAAUUAAAAUAUUUAUCAUAAAUAACUUAA